GCAAGCGAAGUAAAAAAAAAAAAAUAAACUUCAACUUUGCGUAACUUUUCAACAUUUUUUAAAAAACGCAAUGCGGAAAUCUUGACCAUUACAGUGAAGAUUACCUUUUUGCAAGUGAAGCAACUGCUACUUACUUAACCUCACCUUACGGAAGGAUCGAAGUUGACUCCAAAGAGGAGAUACACGAUUUAAGAUAAGAAGAGCGCCAAUUAAAAGAAAAAAUGGAAAGGUACACGGAUCAUUAGCUCGAGCGGGAAAGGUCAAAAACCAAACGCCCAAGGUUCCCAAGGUGUCCAAGAGGAAAAAGUUGACCGGAAGGGCAAAGAAGAGACAACUAUAUAACAGAAGAUUUUCGGACGGAACGGGAAGAAAGAAGGGACCCAAUUCGAAAUUGUAAACAUGUCUAGCAGUACGUGUGGCGGAUGCUAGUCGUGUUUGUAAUUCGUUGGAUGGUUAUUGCCGUUUUGUUGCCAUUAAGGAAGUGUUUUUUUUUUUUUUUCCUACUGAAUGUGAAAAGUUGAGCUAAUUGGAGGAUAGCUUUUCCGCACUGGAUAUAUAGUCCAUUGGGGGGAAAAUGUUAUUCCUUUUUUUUUUUUAUUUUUCAUUUUUUUAACAUAUUUUUACAUUUCCUGAGAGGAAGCAGUUCGGAGUGGGCGUCCGAGGAGACGUCAUAAUGGAUACCCGAACAGAUAAACGAACUGAGGAAUGACACAUGAACAGGAAUUUUAUGAAACGUUGUAUUCAUUCCUCAC